CGCAGUCUCCACCACAGGCAACGCUGUCUGCGUGUAUGCUGUCAUAUAAGUGAGCUAAAAUGCACAUCAGUAUACUUUAACGAGGUGCAAAAAAAGGAACUGAUUCCUAUUGUUGUUUGUGUUCACAGCGACUCGAACGCAGGACUCAAUGAUGGCACACAAAGGGGAGCAUUCCGGACAAUGUUCAUUCUUGACAGCUGCCAUUGUGAUUUGUGGGAUGCUGGCGACAUUUCACAGUGAAACAAAGGCCGCAGCAAUACCAGCCCCGGGACUUGAAUUCAGGCACCAUAACAAUGAAGAGAUCCCGCAGAUUCUGGCUUCUGUUCAUGCCAGAUGUCCGAACAUUACCAGGAUCUACACUCUGAGCGAGCGCUCUGUGCGAGGGCUUCCUCUCUACGUCAUUGAAUUCUCAACCACGCCCGGCUACCAUCAACUCUAUCACCCCGAAUUCAAAUACAUCGCCAACAUGCAUGGUAACGAGGUGCUGGGUCGAGAGUUGCUGCUGCACCUGGCUAACUACCUGUGUGAGCACUUCCUGGCGGGCGACCACGACAUCCAGAAGCUGAUCAAACUGACUCGCAUCCACUUGAUGCCAUCAAUGAACCCUGAUGGCUGGCAGCUCUCCACCGACACGGACCGCAAUGACUACCUCGUGGGGCGCGCCAACAACAACAGCGUGGAUCUGAACAGGAAUUUCCCCGACCUGGAUCGCAUCAUGUUUAGCAACGAGGAGGCGCAUGUGAACCACAACAACCACCUGCUGGAGCAAGUGGACCGUCUCAAGGAGCCGAUUCAGCCCGAGACAAAAGCAGUGAUGAGGUUGAUAAUGCAAGUGCCUUUUGUCCUGUCCGCAAAUCUCCAUGGCGGUGACCUAGUGGCCAACUAUCCAUAUGAUGCAAGCCGCUCCGGAGCCAUGACGGAGUACACCGAGAGUCCUGACGACCAGACCUUCAGGCACCUGGCUAUGACUUACGCCACGCAUCACAAGAACAUGGCGAACCCUAAGCGAAGCGGUUGUGGGGACGAUGGGUACAACUUCGGCAAGCAGGGUGGCAUCACCAAUGGGGCGGCCUGGUACAGCGUACAGGGAGGGAUGCAAGACUUCAACUAUCUGUCGUCCAACGACUUCGAGAUUACGCUGGAGCUCGGUUGUGACAAGUAUCCGUUGGCCUCGGCUCUCCAAGAGGAAUGGGAGAACAACAAGAAAGCACUUAUCCAGUACAUGUGGCAGGCUCACAUCGGUGUGAAGGGUCACGUCAGGGACGCAGUGACCGGUCAGCCGCUCCCCAAUACAAUAAUACACGUCAAGAACGUCACAGCGGGACGCAACGACGACAUUCUGCAUGACGUCACGUCCGUGCAUGACGGGGACUACUGGCGGUUGCUGACGCCGGGUCAGUAUAUAGUCACGGCUUAUCGGGAUGGCUACCAACCACUGAGCCACAGGGUCAGAGUGUAUGACCGCCCGCAUAUGGAGGCUCAGAGGGUUGAUUUCCAUCUGCAGCCCCUACUGCAGCUGAUGCAGUCAGCAAACAGUGACAGCAAAAGUGACUCAGAAUAUGAAGAAACAUAUGAUGAAACGAUGAGGAACAACAUUGUGAACAAACUACAGAAGAAAUGGCUGUUUAAUAAGUACAAGGAAUCCAUCUCAACCAACUAGGCAAAGUACCUGACUGGGAACAACCCUUCUCCUCCACCUACACUGCAAGACAUCAAACGUUAUUUACCAACUCCAUAGUAGCUUCUUAGAAUUAAAUUUCACACUUAUUUCCGUUUGUUCUCACAAACUACAUAAUUCUGUCUUAUUUGGUAACCAAAUACCAUUUGCAUAUGAUAUACUAGUAUUUAAGGAAAACCAUUGAUAUAGUUUAUUUUUGGAGCUAUAAAACAGCAAGCACUGAUGAAAGUCAUACAUAUAAAAUUAUGGAAAAGUAACAGACCAAGUGAUUUAAUGCAAUUAAUAAUCCCACACAGCCAGCCUCUUAGAAAUUAUUUAUUAAUUUUGGUAUGGCAAAAUCUUUUUUAUUGAAGAACUUUUACCCGAGAUUUUAGGUCAGUAACAACAAAUAUUAAAAAUGCAGCAAUACAGACAUGUGAGUGGGAAAUAUCUAGCACCAAUGAAUGUAAGGUUCUGAAAUUUUGUACGGUGGCAGACCUAUGAUAGAUAUGCAACUUUUUAUAAGAAUAAUUUCUAGCCCAAAAUAAAAAAAACAGAUUUACAAUGCAAAAGCUAGAGCUUUCCAACAGUGUAACACAUUACUGAUGCCAAUUUUCUCUUCUCCCCCUCCAAUAUGUUUUUAUCUCACUAGAAAGUCCAGUUAUGCUUCAAAAUACUGUUCUAUUUCCAGAACCAAGCUUUCUGCUGUCAUGUUUAUUGAUGCCCCAUCUUUCAUAAAGCCUUGGGUGGUGCUGAAAUUGCAUUCUUCUUAGUAAAAUUUAUUUCAGAAAAGAAACAUAUUAUGCAGGAACCAAAUUUAUGUCAGAUGAAGUUCUCAUAAAAUUAAGACAGGCCUUAGGUAUACAGGUUGUUAGGAUGGGAAGAAGAUGAAACUGGCUCAGCAUAAUGCCCAAUGGUGGGCUUUGGGAAUUAGCACUGUGAACAAAUGGGACUCCUUACUCUGCUGAAAAAUUAUCAGCACUACAGAGUUAAUCCUCCUGUGGAUGAGAUGUCUUAGUUCCUUAUCUAUAUUGUGCCAUACUUGAUUCCAACAGACUGAAUUAUAUAUGCAAAAGCCUCUUUUCCUUUUUUUUAAGGUCUUUUCCUGUUAUGUAUAUUAAUGGAAACCAUAUGUCCAACUAUUACUUUCAUGGAAAAAUACAACAAAUUCUAUCCUAUGCUCAAAGUCUACUAAGUAGAAAUAAUAGUGUUAACAAGUACAGAAUAUGACUGAGCUCAUUAGAAACAAAUGUUCAGUUCAAAUGUAUUCUUUCUUACAGACUCUUUGUUUAAACAGUAUCCUAUAAACAUUAGCCACUUGAUCAAACAUUAUUAAUUCACUUUAAAUUACUUACAUCAGUUGCCAUAUUUUUCAAAGUAUCUCACAUGACUGCAAACAUAAUGUGAAAGGUAAUUUAUUCCCAUGAACAAUAUUUUACAUUCUGAGCAUGUUUCUUUUUGCCAAACCAGUAGAAAGUGGAAAUUCUAAGUGUGUAUAGCCUUAGAAGUGAUCUUAUCCUCCAUGAAACUCACAGUGCAGGUUGGCUGUGUUUAAGUCAUAUCAACGAUGUGACCAAAUGAGUGCUGUAUAAAGACUGCAAGAUGAAAUAGGAAGGAGACAAAUGUAUCAUCAGAGCUUGGAAUGAAAUGAGUCACAAUAACGAUAAUUUUACCUUCAGAUUCCAGAGUUAACAGUUUUUGCCUUAAGGAAAAACAAGUUGCCCCUGACAGGCUUCCACUCAAGACUGUAGUUACCUUCAGGCCACUGGUCAUAUUGAUGAUCAUUAGCAUAAGAAAAAAAUAAAGAUUAGAAUGAAUUACUUUUAGAAUUAACAAUUGAAGCAGUCAUCCAGGCAUCAUAAACUAAAGUUUAAAACCAUCCUUAAGCCUCAAGAAAUAUAAGAAUUAAAAUUAAACUCUUGCUACACCAGCAACAAUUUGACUACACAAGAA